UCUGCGGUGCUGAAGUCGGUGACUAAAAGCCUGUAUCCCAUGUCUCAGGUCACCCCUCAGGGCUCUCCCCUGCCUACCCCGCUGGGUACCCCUGUGCAUCACCCCCACCCCCCCACCGCUACCCCACCCUCUUCCUCCUCUUCCUCUUCUUCCUCCCGAGCCGAGGGAGGAAGUGUGGGCGUGGGCUCACUCUCCUUGACCCCACCCUCUAGUCCAGGGGGAGGCGCCAGCAUGGCGGCCAGUAGCUCCGCCCACUGGAGGACACGCCUCAACUCGUUAAAGAACAACCUGUUGGGGUCGCCGCGGUUCCACCGCCGCAAACUGCAGGUGCCAGCCUCAGAAGACAUGUCCAGUUUAACACCAGAAUCAAGCCCAGAGCUGGCUAAAAGGUCCUGGUUUGGGAAUUUCAUCAGUCUGGAGAAAGAAGAGCAGAUUUUUUUGGUCAUCAGAGACAAACCUCUUAGCUCUAUUAAAGCGGAUAUCGUCCAUGCCUUCCUCUCUAUUCCCUCCCUCAGUCACAGCGUAAUCUCUCAGACCAGUUUCCGAGCAGAGUAUAAGUCAUCUGGAGGUGCGUCUGUCUUCCAGAAACCUGUCAGAUUCCAUGUAGACAUUUCCUUUUCUGAGGGGGAACGAGAGCGAGAGCGGGAGAGAGAGAGAGACAAGGAUGGACAGAAGGAUUACAGAAUCUACAGUGUAACGUUUAGCCUCAUAUCAGGCCCUAGUCGCAGAUUCAGACGAGUUGUUGAAACGAUUGAAGCCCAGUUGCUCGGUGCUCAUGAUCAGCCCAUGGUGCAAACUCUUUCAGAUGAGAAGAACAGUCGCCCUCCUAGAACACCAACUAGACAGAACUCUCGGCGCUCAGAGGGCGGAGCCGACCGCUGCGAGUGGGUGGAGCGUGGAGAGGGCGGGGUUUUACUCCAGCGCAGGGGGUCGGGCAGAGAAAGAACCCGCCUACUUUCCUCCAGUGGAACACAAUCACAGCCCUGAGCUGGAAAUAUUGUGAAUAAUCAGCAAUUCAUCAAGAUGAUAGCCAUGAUGUGAGACUAAACUAAACGUUCCUUCUCCCCUUGUCACCUCAGAACAUCAUGAUGGUAAAAUGUGUAUUUAAAGGAGCUUUUUGAAAGCCUAAUGAAACCAAAUACUGAUAGACAUUGUGCAAGAACAUGGGAUGCAAUGAAGCAAGAACCGUCUCCAUUGUAUGAUAAUACAACGAGGAACACCUCCAACCUUUCUUCUGAAACGUAUUUAAUUUGUCAUCCCGGACAAUGCUUUGAUUUAUGCUGUAGGUUCUCUCAUGUGAUUUGGAAGUAAUGUGCAAAACUUGAGUUGAUAAUGACAUUCAUGAAACGAAAGGUUUCAGUUGGGGGUAGCACACCAUCUGUUCCUUACAGGCCUGGUCUCCGUUUCAGCGAUCCAGUAAUUAUAGCAACAGAGUCUGAAUUUUUAUCCUCCAAAAAUCACGUUUUAAAGAAAAUAUCUAGAGAUCCAGAUCCAGAAGCUAUUAGCGCCAAGAGUCUGCUCAGACGUAUGCAAUAAAAAUCAAUAAGCUACAAAAGAUUCAGUUUAACAAAGCUGCACAUGCUGAAUCUUUUAAAACAUGAUUACCUCGUUGAGCGGACAGACUCAUGAUGAUUUUAUGACCGUAAAUAAAUUGCUCACCAGCCCUAUUUAUUAGCUAUACACAACUUCAUUUUCACUCUCCAUAGAAAUGCUGCAUGCUAAAUAACGUCCAGCGUCAACCCCAAUGACUGAUCGUGAUUGUAAAACAUUGCUGCGUGCGUUUACACAUCCAAAUCUGGCCUCGAUUCACUCUUUUGGAAAGAAUUCAAAUAUAAAGUUUCCUUUUUAGAUGCCAAAGGGAACGAGAAUCUUUCCAAAAUGUGAAAGGAUGUUUAUCCCGAUUCUCUGUUGCUGCAAGACGUUUGGUUGAAGCCAACCAAGUGAAUGUCAUUGACUAUUUUAUUUGUGAAUUUUAGUUUAUUGAAAACUAUUUAUUUGAAUAUUACCCCCGGUGAUUGAAAAACAAUUAGCCAUUAGGUGUACAUAUCCAUAUUUAAGAAAGAAUAGAAUGUCUGAGGUACAAAACAAUACAUAUUUUGGGGGAAUUGCAACAUAAUCUAUGGCAAAGGUCACUUCUCGUUUAAACAAGCAAACAAAUGCUUUUGACUCGUGUCUUAAAUAUAUUUUUAAUUUAAAUCGCUAAAUAUAUAUAUUUAAAAAAUACUCUUUAAAGAUCCCUUGCAACGGAACAGAAAUGCAAAAAUAAUUACAAGAUUUCCUGAACCCGCCCCCAAAUCUGCCAGUCAAACAGAUAGCCACGCCCCAAACUCACACCAUUGGUUGAGCCAAAGUUGCUUAUUAAUUCAAAUGUUCCUUACAUACACUCUUGGUUAUUUGUAAUUUAUUUUUUAAGCAUUUGUGGUUCCAUGAAGAACUCUUAACAUCCAUGGAUCAUUCCACAAAAGUUUCUUUAGAUAAUAAAAAUGUUUUUCACACUAAGAAAAAAAAAA